AUGAGCUCCUCAGAGAAGCCCGUGCAGGAACACCAUGGAGACACAGGAGUUUCGCCGGCGCCGAUCGACCCACCACGGGAAGGGCGUGUCCCUGUCCUGAAGGAUCUACCAGAGAUCCCGAUGCCGGAUUUGAGCUUCGAUUUAUCGUCUAUCCUGGGCCCUUCCAACCCUGAAGAGGAGAAAGUCCAAAAAAGGGCGUCGAGCGUGCUGAAGCUUGCUAGGGAGAACGAGAGACUUCAAGCAGAGCUGAAGGCAAUGACGGAGAGGAUCGAGGCUGCUGAGCGCCGACGAGCACAGCUGGCCGAAAAGGAGCAGAAGAUCAUGGAGGAACCGUCAUCUUGA